AUGGCCGACUCCAAGCUCCACCCAGCAGUCACCGUUUCAAACAUCAAAGCCUUGAUUCCUGUUACCCUUGACAACGAAGCCGCAGACUACAACACCUGGGCUGAAUUGUUUCGUAUCCACUUCACUGCAUACCUUGUCUCCGAUCACCUCUCCCCACGUCCAAAAGCCUCUACCUCUUCUACAACCACUGACAAAGAUAAACAACCAGCCGACUCCGGUUCGACUGCGUCUUGGGAACGAUUGGAUACCAUAGUCCUUCAAUGGAUCUAUGGAACCAUCUCCAUGGACCUGCUUAAAACUGUCAUCAAAACCAAAACCACUGCCUAUGAUGCUUGGACAGCCAUUGAAUCCUUGUUUCAAGAUAACAAAGCCACCCGUGCUCUCCAUCUGAAACAGAAAUUUGCCAACACCAGGUUGGAAACCUUCCCUCCAUGA